AUGGCCAGCGGCUACUACAAGUACUUCAAGAUUCACGCGGACUAUCUCGUCAGCAAUGCAUGGUCGGCCCUCCGCAACUUCAUGCUCAUACACAGCGACGAGUACUUCAACUGCAAGAUCACCGAGGAGACAACCUGUUGCAACGUAUGCAAAGCGGAGGGCGUAUCUUGCCACAACUCAGCCAUCGACAAAGAGGGCGAUUUCUGGGACGCGGCAGCCGCAGAAGUCGGUGCCCCCAGGGAAAAGAUGAGCAUUGUCAAGUUACAGUCGGUCGGCAUGUUGGACUCGUCAUGCUCCAUAGAUUCCGUCUAUAAUGGCAUAGAGCACAUGACAGCCUCCUGCUACUACCGGAACUUUUGGUUUGACGCAACUCAAGUUGACGGGUUCAACACGGACGAUGUCACCAACCCGAAGACCAUUCUCAACAAGGCCCUCAUUCCAUGGGCGGCUCAACUCUCGCUUCUGCUGGUCUGA